ACAGAGCUGAUGUUACCGACUGUGAAAUGAACUUGCUGAUUUUGCGUUCAAAGAGCAAAACAUUGUGAUUUUGACAGCAUGAUAAAAAGAAAUACCACCACCCUGGACGUGUAAUAGAGACUGUAGAUAGUGAUGGAUCCUGAGCUGGAGAGGCACUGCUCGGAGGUGGUGGCCCGGGAGAGGAGCGGACACACGGCCGUGGUGGUGGACAGCCUGCUGUAUGUGUGGGGAGGAUACAUGUCAGUUGCUGAUGAAGAGGUUUUCCUUCCCAGUGAUGAAAUCUGGUCCUACGACCUAGAAGGAGGUAUAUGGCAGAUGUUUCACAUGACGGGAGAAGUCCCUCCCUCUAUGUCUGGGACGUGCGGCUGCACCCUGAACGGACACAUGUACAUAUUUGGAGGUUGUGAUGACAAUGGACAAACCAAUCAAAUGUACAGUGUCGACCUGACGGAUGGUAAAUAUAUGUGGAAGAAGAUCGUACAAGAGUCUGGUUCUGCCCCGUCACCUCGAGAUAAAUUGUCCUGCUGGGUUUACAAAGGACGGCUCAUUUACUUUGGAGGAUAUGGUCACAAACUGCUGACAAGUAUUGAUAGCAGGAACAGAAGCUUCAUCAUAGAUGAAUCGUCAUGGGUGGAAGAUGUAUUUUGGGGAUGGAACAAUGAAGUUCACAUGUUUGACCCCAUGCAAGGCAGUUGGACUGAGCCAAAAACCCACGCGCGUGCUCCUGCUCCGAGGGCAGCCCACGCCAGCACCACACUGGGAUCCAGAGGAUACAUUUGUGGAGGCAGAGUCAUGGAAACGAGAACAAGUGAUGUUCAUUGUCUAGACCUUGAGUCAUGGACGUGGUCGGAAAUAAUCCCGUCGUCCUCACUGCCACUGGGAAGAUCAUGGCACACGCUCACGGCAGUGUCGGACACCAGCAUGUUCCUGUUUGGAGGUCUCAGCGUCGACUGCAAACCCAUGAGUGAUGGCUGGUUGUUUGACACCGAAACAAAGAAAUGGACUGAGCUUGAACAUCCCUACCAGAAUAAACCGAGAUUGUGGCACACAGCUUGUGCGGGCAAAGACUCUGAUGUGGUCGUGUUUGGUGGAAGUUGUGACUACAUUCUUCUGGUUGACACUGGUCACUGCAAUGAAGCACUUGUUUUCCAGAUGCAACCACAUCCCCUGUUUCGGAUUUGUGAGGAUUACAUUGCAAAAAAUGUGAGAAACUUGCCGAGCCUCAGAUAUCAGCUUCCUCUUCUGCCUCCCAAACUGCUGAAGUCCCUACAGAACAGGAUAUCUUUCUACAGGCCUUCAAGGAAGCAAAAUGUUAGUUAAAGAACGUCGGCAAGGCCAACGAGAGACUUGCAUCAUUUACUUUUUACAACAUGGUUUUCAGUAUUUUAAUUUUUAAUAUGUUAAAAAUAUUUUAAGAGAUAUUAUUUUAUUGUUUUAAGAAUAUACAUUUUAUUUUGUACAGUCUGCUUGUUGAAACACUUAUGUGUCUCUGUGAUUUGAGUUUAAAAAAAAAGAAAAAAAAGGCAAAAAACUUGUUUGUGUGAAGUUGAUUUUUUAGACUAAAGGCUUAUUAAUCUGACGGUGUUGGAGAGGCAACUUAAAUACAUGUAGCCAGUCUUUUCAUUUUUAUAGAACAAAAUUACCUCUCAGCCUUCCAGACUUUUUAUUUUAUUAAAUUGUAUUUUUUUUAAAAUAAAACUGAAUUGUGUCAGCAGAAAAGUAGUUCAGUGAAAAGUAGCAUGAAUGAAAUUCCCUCUUGCCAGAUUCCUGCUUAAUUAGGUUGGAAAAGGGCAGGAACUGUGGUCAGGGAGGCAACCUUAAAUAAACAUUCCCUUCUCAUGCCUUUGCAGGUCGCUCCAUAUGAUAACCAAACGCCCAGCACUGUAUGGGAGAAGUGUUUACCUUUACGUAUAUACCUACCCAUAGAAAAAAAACCCCCAGAAAUGGAUCUCUGCUGCUGCUGCUGUUGAAUUUAAUCAGAGCGGACAUUUGUGGAGUCUCAUUGACUUGGUGGCACACAAGUUAAAACAAUGUAAAUAAUAAGCGACAAGUGAGUGUGUGCUCAGAGGAGUCCGGGAGGGAUGAUGGGAUGACAUGACACCGUACUGCUGGUGUAGAUAACAAACCAAGGAGGGCCGUGUCUGUCAACACACCCUGUUAAGCACUAAGAGAAACUCCUUGCAUCUAUUCAGGUUUCUGUUAUAACUCAACAGCAAUUACUACUGCUUCAUCUUGUUAAACAAGACUUGGGUGAUUGUAAUGGCCUGAAGGGAUGUUGUUGAAACGAAAAGCUUGUUGAUAAGUUGUUGAUGUGAUCUAGUUGAAUCCAGGCAAUUUUAAAUUAUACAGUCUGCAUAAAAUGUACAUCACGCAGUCUUCCCAAUCAGAAUAUAUGUAGAAAAAAAAAACCCAACAUAAACAUGAAUACCAGGAUCCCUAUUCCUUCUCUUUAAAAUUGCAUAUUUAUGAAAAUGAAAUUAAAAUAAAGCUGUGCUUGAAAGCUGAAGUAUCCACUUACACACAUAAAAGGUAUUGUCUUCCUCAGCACAUUGAUUGUGUAAAAGAAGGAAAAUACAGCCCUGAAACGUUGUUUGCAGUUAAUAAAUAUGUUGUCUAGAGAGCUCUUCAGAUUUGCAAGGCAUCGCUAUUUUGUAGACCCGUGCAGCUCAGAGAAUAGUCAUACAGAAGAAAAUCAAACAAACCUGAAAAGACACCGGCUAGAAUGGCACAUGAAUGGCCACAGUGGUUAUGUCAUUAAAAAAAACAAAAAAAAUGGUAAAGAUUAAAAAUAUGAAGAAGCCAACCAGUAGUAACAUGAGCUUGUUACAAAUCACAGUUGAAGGUGUAUUGAGCCAAUAUGUGAAGAAAGUGUUGCAUCGUGAUUCUUCACUGAUAUAUUACCCAUUAUUUAGCUGUUAUGUUACUUCAGUGUUCCUUUGGUGAAAUGUUUCUCCAAACUGGACCGAUUUGCGGUAUGACUGAUGGGGAAUAUUUGCCUAAGGGAAAGAUCCCUAAAAGGGAGAUAUACAUUCAUAA